GGCAAGAACAUGAUGAUUGCGAGACAGAAUUAAUGGCCGCUCGAGCGUGCGCGUACCUAGAACACCGCACGUACACCUGCUGACUGAAGGUAGAGCUGAGGAAAAUGCAUACACAAAGUAUGCGCAGACGAUUUCGAAGAACUUCACAAUUGCAUUCCUGCAUGCUCUGCCCAGAGAACUUCGAGACCAUGUAUACACCUAUCUUUGGGAUGAUGAAGACAUUGUACGUCAGACGAAACGUUCGAUUCGCGAAUAUGCCUGGAGCUACAGGAUGCCUGAAUUUUGUGCUCCGCCAUACGUCCAGCCGGAUCAUGUGGGCCAGAUCGUCGCUGAAGAACUUGCUUUAAGCAUUUAUAAGAAGGCUUUCGGCACAAAUCUUCACGUCACAGUCAGCGCUGGGCAUAUCCACAAGUUCUUAGCUGCCAAUCCGUUGAGAAGCAAUUUGAAGCCUGCGGAUUGUAUCAGAAGCCUCGACAUCGAGUGGUACCCAAACGAAUAUUCUGACAAGGACGUUACGCGAUCUUGUCAAGAUCUGGCCAACCACGAGUUCACAGAGCCCAUACCCAUCAAACUUAUACUUGGAAAAUUUAUAAACUCGCAACACGGUCCUCACUGGGAUUUUGAAGUCAUUCGAGAGUCGGCUGAGCAGUUGAAAGUCUUCAAACCUGCAUAUGACGCUCUGGUGAAGAGAAAUUGCGAGGUAACAAUCGAGGCCCUGUCUGGAAGUAGCGCGGAAGCCGAGUUCUUCACACAAGAAUGACGAACUUGAAAGUAGGACUCGACUGACACGCAACUCACAUCCUGGAACCGAUCUGGUCUGUUGGAGGCUUCGAGCAGGUUCUCACAUGUUAACAGUCGCCGGGUUGCAUGCAAAUUGAGGCUUC